AUGUCAGCCCCAGCACAAUCGAAGUCGUUAAAGGCCAUUGGAGAGGAUACUUGGAAGAACAAGACUGAAAAAGUCAACGCAGAGCUUUUCACGCUAACGUAUGGUGCAAUAGUAUCACAGUUAUGUGCAGACUACGAUCGCGAUUUCCAAAAAGUGAAUAACCACUUGUUCAGUAUGGGGUAUAACAUUGGUGUGAGGUUAGUGGAAGAUUUCCUUGCGAGAACUGCACUACCACGCUGUGAGAAUAUGGUGAAGACAAGUGAAAUGAUAAGUAAAUGUGCGUUCAAGAUCUUUUUGAAUAUGACACCACAAGUAACAAAUUGGUCGUCAGAAAAGGAUGCAUUUUCACUAAUGUUGGAUGAAAAUCCGCUAAGUGAUUUUGUAGAAUUACCAAUGGAUGCAAUGAAACAACUUUGGUAUUCCAACGUUUUAAGUGGUGUUUUAAAAGGUGCACUAGAAAUGGUUCAGUUAGACUGCGACGUUUGGUUUGUAUCUGAUAUUUUAAAAGGUGAUCCACAAACUGAACUAAGAAUAAAACUUAAUAAGGUGUUGAAAGAUGAAGUACCUAUUGGUGAAGAUUAA